AUGGAUAGAUUAGGAGAUGUUAUGGGUAAAGCAGUUAGUGUAGUUAAUGCAGUAUCAGGAAGUGAUACUGAAGAAACAGAAUAUGCAAAUUCACAUAUAAAAGAAAUAGAAGAAAUGGAAUCAUAUAUAAAGAAACAUCGAAGUAUUGCAAAUAAGAUAUUAGAUGCAUUUAGUGUUCUUAUAGAACAAAUAGGGAAUAUGGCAGAAUUACAUAGAACUCGAUUAUCAUUAUUACAACCAUUACAAAAAGAAGACCAAGCACUUUCAGUUAAUUAUUUACUUUUUAUUCAAGGAAAUAUGCAAGUUAUAAGAGAUGAAUUAACAAAAGGAUAUGGAAAACAAAUAGGAUUUAUUUCAAGUGAAAUUGCAGAAGUUAAAACAUUGUUUAAUAAAAAUACAAGAAAACCUGUUGAUAGUGUUGAAACAAUGACAACUAUGUUAUAUCAAUUAAAAAGGUUAUUUGAAAUUAGAAAUAAAAUAAUGCAAAGACAUCAAUACCUUGCAUUUCAUUUAUUAAAUUGUAAUUUAAAUUCAUUUAAUGUUAAUAAUGGAAAUAUUUAUACUGCUAUGAAUCAAUUAAGUGAUCUUGAUAAUGAUUCAGAACAAAUUCAUUUACGUUCAGUGUCUUAUGUUGGAAGAACCCUUGGAGAAAUUUUAGAUGCUGAAAGAAGAAAACAUUCUGAAUUACCAAGAGUAAUAGAAGAUAUUAUUAAUCUCUUAGAAAAUCAAUAUUAUGAAAAAGAAGGUAUUUUCAGAACAGCUGCUUCACAAAAACAAGUUAAUGAAUUGUUUCAUCGAUUAAGUGUAUCAGAUAUUUCUUCUUUUCCUUGGGAAACACUUGCAAGUACUUUAAAACGAUUUGUUAGAGAAUUACCUGGAAUGUUAUUUUGUAAUUCAUUAGCAAAAGAUGUUUUAUCUAAAUAUCAAGAAUCAGAAAUAAGAGAAACAAGAAUUCAUAAUUUAACAUCAUUAUUCUAUGCACAGAAAUGGGUGCCUGAAGAGAAAAUUGUUUUAUUUAAAGCAAUUGUUAAAUUAUGUCAUAAAAUAAUGGUUCAUUCAUCAAAAAAUUUAAUGAAUGAAAAGAAUUUAUCUGUUUGUUGGACACCAACUAUGUUUUCUGUUAAUAAUGAUGAAUUAUCAAAAUAUCUUGAGAUGAUGUCUUUUAUUAUUACUGAAGCAGAUUUUAUUUUUGAUGACACUAAAAAAUCUAUGGGAUUGAUUGGUAAUACUGAGGUUCGUGGUAAACAAUUAGGCUCUACUAAAAUUGACCAUUCAAGUAUUUUAGAAUCAGACCAUGUUCAACCAAAAAUGAUUCCUAAAGUUCCAUUAGUUUCUUUAAUUGACUCAACCCCAGAUUAUUCUAAUUCCCCAAGCCAAUCAAAAUUUAUUAUGGGUACAAGUCCUUCUCAAGGUGGUAUGUCUCAACAAACAAAAUUCACUCUUGGAAAUUAUCCUCCUAAAGAUACACAAAGUCCUCGCACUCAUCAACGAGACCCAACAACUCGUUAUCCUAUGGUUACUCAACAAAGACCAACAACAAUGGCUGUUCCAUCAACUCCAUUACCUAAAGUUCCACCAAGACAAAAGUUUUUACAACAACGACAAGAAACACAUAACAAUUCAACUUUUUUGUUGGAUGAUGAUUAA